AUGGAUGAUGAUGUUCUUGGUGAUGGUCCAGACAGUCAUCAUUUUUCUAACAAGUCGUCAUGUGGAGGUCUUUCUUGUGAAAAUGUUUCAUCAGAAGCUGCUAAUUCCUUCAAGUUUAUAAACCAAGUAUUAAUGGAUGAUGAUGACAAUUUAGAGAAUAUUGAUAAUACCUGCAUGAUCCAAGAAUCCAUACUUGAUGCCACUGAGAAAUCUCUCUACGAUGUCCUCUACAACAAUAGUAUUGUUCUCCCAUCUCAUGAAGCACUGUUAUAUAUUCAAGAUAAUGAUGACUCAUUUCAUACAUGUUUGAAUGGUGAGGGUGACAACUUAUUACUUAAGGAAUUUGACAACAGUAGUGUUCAAUGGAAUUAUAUUAAUUCUCUUGAUCAUGGUCAAAACCCAUCUGAGAACCAGAAGGACCAUUUACUGCCUGUUGAAUUGAUAGAGAAUGUCAGCUAUGAUCUUCACCAAGUGGAAGAUAAUGAUUUGGGAGAAAUGAGAAAUAAAAACAUGUCCUCUGAUGAUGCUGAGCCUUGGCUUGUUGAGCUUUUUAGUAAUGCGAAAAGUCAAUCGAAGAGAUCCACUAGUAAAGGCAAUUGCCCCACUAGGAAAAGGAAAAAGGAAGCAGUUGAUUUGAGGGCUCUCCUGCUUAAAUGUAUGGAAUAUCUUUUAUUGAAAAGUGAUCGUCAGGGAGCCAAACUUCUUCUUGCUUACCAACAGUGGUUUGCUGCAUUUCCUCUCCUUAAGACAUCAAAUUUUGUCGCAGCAGAAAAGAUCGUUGAAAUAGCAGACAAAGCAGACACCAUUCAUCUAAUCCAUUUUGGAAAAUUUUUUAACCUUCAUUUGCCCCCUAUCAUUCAACGCCUGUCAAAAAGACCUGGAAGAUCUCCCAAGCUUCGGAUCACAGGAAUAGACCUUUAUGAGUCUGGUCCCUAUCCAGAUGCCAAACAGAUAGGACACCUCUUGGAGAAAUACUGUGAGAAGCUUAAUAUUCCCUUUGAGUGCAAUGGGGUUGCAUUAAAUUGGAAAACUUUAUCCAUUGAUGAUCUAAAGAUGAAGGGAGAUGAACUUUCGGUUGCCGUGUGUUUGUUCAGCAUGCAAUUUGUACCGGAUGAUACGAUUUUGGAAGUUGAUAGCCAAAGAGAUGGUGUCUUGAACUUAAUUAAGAGGAUCAGCCCUGAUAUCUUUAUUCAUGGAACAAUAAAUGGAACAUACAAUUCCCCAUUCUUGAUAUCCAGAUUCAGGGAGGCUCUUUUCUAUUUUUCUAUCUACUUUGAUAUUUAUGACACUAUCCUUCCCAUUGAUGACCCAGAUAGGACGUUUUAUGAAGAGAUGGCUGGGAGGCACAUUUUCAAUAACAUUGCAUGUGAAGGACUCAAGAGGAUUGACAGACCAGAGACGUACAGGCAAUGGAACUCUCGCCUCUGA